CAUCAACAUAACGUUUUUUCAGUGAGACUGCGCAUUUUGACCCGCGGGAGAAAGAAAAGAAACCGCCCUCCUCACAGCAGCCGCAGCCGCAGCAGCAGCAUCGGUCCACUAUCCUUCGCCCACUGGAUCGCAGUUUGUGCAGGAGGGGGUGUGUUUGGGUGUGUUUGUGUGUGUGUGUGUGUGUGUGUGUGUGCGUUCGUGUGGAUUACACUAGAUUUUGCCGCCGGCAAACGCGCGCGCGCUGUCGCACUCCGCAAAAAUCCUUUUCUCGGCCGGGAAUCCGACGGAAGACUUCAGCAAGGGUGCAAGCGACGAACCGACGGAUGCUGGAUGCCCUUUCGCAAAACAAAAAUAAACAAACAAACGAAGAAGUGGUGAUGUUGAUUAGAUUUCAGUGGGUGUGAACCAACAGAGGCUUCCCUCUUGAUUCUCCCAUCCUCGUCGUCACCGUCGUCUUCGAGGGGAACUUCAAUUUCCAAGACGAAAAAGAAAUCAGUGAAUGUGUGAAACCUGUGCUUCGGGCAGCCAAAGAAGGACUGUUGAAAAUCGUUUUUGUUUUUUUUUUGGCGUUCAAGUGGUCAAGUGUUGUAUAAAACAUUGUUUUAACGCGCAGUCGAAUCGUUGCGGCCGAGGUGAUAAUGAAAAGAAGUUACAACGAUCAACGUUGGGGAAGCUAAAUCCGACAGAUCCUCCAAUCGCACCGAAGCAAAACAGUUUGGUUUAAUUUUUUUCGUUUUUAAAUCGUUUUUUUUUGUGUGUGUGGUGAGAGCCGAGCCGCAGCAAAACACACCAUAGAUCAUUAAUUAAUUUUACUUUGCCGAGUGGAAAAUUAUAUGCAAAUUUCUUGCGCGCUGUGCGCUCGCAAAGUAAAAAUCCGGCGAGAAAGAAGUGAAGCACAAAAAAAACAACAACAGCAACAACGUGGAGCUGGUAGAAAUAAACAGGCUAAACCAGGCGCACAGCGAAACAAUCGGAAUGGUCGGUGAAAAGUUUGAUCGACGAUAACGCGAUCUUGAUCUUGGCUGUGAAGGGGGCCAUCGUGAGAGGAAUCCCCGCGGUGGGUUAUCUUUGUUCAUUCCGGUGGAAUCAUCAUCACUCGGGAAGUGGGUGCUGGCUCCGUGCGAAGAAAGGUGAAAAAUUGUGCUAGCAGGUGAAAAUGGCAAACAAGUGAGACAAAAUUCGUGUGAUACUUCGCCGUGUCGUGCCGAAGAAAAUCUAAUCGCCGUGCAGUGAGAAAGCAGUCCGUGGUUGGGAAGGAGAAGCGAAAAAAAAAAUAAUCAUUCAAUAACAGAUUUACAGUUAAUCAUACACGAGAAAAUAAUAAUAAUAAAGGUGGCAUUUGACAAGUGUGUGGAGACCAAGAAAAACGGCCUAUCGGAUGGAUUGAUGUGAGUGAGGGAAGAAGAAAGAGAAAAGCACUGUGUCGCGACGGAUUAACUUUUGACAUUUUGUCUAAGAGCAACAAAUAAAAAAAAACGGCGACUUCAUCAGUCCGGAUUUUUAUUUUCGAUUGUGUGUCAGAUUUUAAAUGCCUGCCCGUUGGGAUUCCACACCGGUCAUCCGACGGCGAUUCGUUCGCGUUUUCUGAUUCGCACCGGCCGCAGAGUGUUUGCAUCGCCACCGUGUCGUACUUGCUUAAUCAGAGAGACCACUGCGCAACGAAAUGCCCACCAUUGAUCUCAUCUACCGCCACUAUUGCCCGUUGGAAAAGCGAAACAAUUCGACAGUCAUAAAUCGCCCACUGCCGCUGUGAAGAUGCUUCAGCUUCAAAUCGAACGGUGAUCGGAGCAACGGAAAAUGCAUCACUGCCGACAUCUGCUGCUGUCUGACUGUGCACUGCCGCCACCACCACCAGGAAGAGAGCCACACAGAUCUCUGACUGCAUCCUUCCGCCUAUAGUUGAACUCCACGAAGGUGCAGCCCAGACGCGGAAUCGGCAGUGCAACGCGACGCGACUAUCGCGUAUCAAUUUGAGAAACAUUUAAAUUCGCCGCCCGAAAUCUCAAAACCCCGUUUUACCGCGAAUCAAAAAAAAAAGGCGAUCGUUUCAUUUCGAGUUUUGUGUUCUCGGGGGGAAGCAACCGAAGUGCAAUCGGACAUAUUUAUGUUGGAAAUCAUCACGAAUGGCAUAAUGACUUCAUCGGGAAUGGACAUUGGUGAAACGUUUCGGCCUGAAGAUCUGGGAAAGACCGAUUUUUUCGACUUUGUGACCGGCUCGGGGGCGGAAAUGACCGUCAACGGGGGGAGCUCGACGGCGGGGAGUGGGACCGGCGGCGCAACGACAGGUGGAAGCGCACCAGAAGACCGAUCAGUUGGGAGUGCGGGAGGAAGCGGCAGCAGCAGCAACAGCAACGGCGGCGGUGGCAGCAGUGGAUCCCGCAGCAAUCGCAACGGACCGGAAGCCAUUAAUGGGGGUGGCAGUGGGAGCGCACGGAACCAACAGCAGACGGUGGGGAGCGGGAGUGUAGUGGUCGGCCCUGUCAGUAACGAUAGUGGUGGCAGCGGCGGAGGUGGCGGCAGCAGCAGUGGCAAUAAUCAGCCGCUGCAAGGAUUUGACCAGUUCUGGGGACCUGAUAAAGACACCAACCGACUCGACCAGUCGAUGUUCGACGAUAUCAACCGUUACUGCUGGAUUCAGCAGCAAAAUAGUGGUUCCGGUCAAGCAGGUGGCGCCGGCACCGUUGGCAGCGCAGUCACCGAUACCGACGGACAGAUUUACACCCUGACAGUAUUAAACGGCGCCCCGGAACCUUGGGUUCUGCGGAAGGAUCCUAGUGCUCCCGAGCCGCCACCUCCCGCAUCGAAUAUCGAUCUCGACACAAUACUCGGCGGCUUCCCUGGGUACGUGAAAACGGAAUGUUUUUCCUACGAUGACAGUGGCUUCGGCACAGAUCAUCAUGGUAAGGAGGACCCGCAGCAGCAACAUCUGCUGAGUCAACAGCAGCAACAGCACCUUCACCAGCAAGUACAACAAAUACCUGUGACAUCCACCAACAUCGUGCUGUCCAACAGCCUGAUGGACCCAAAUAGUGUGAUAGCGUACCAGAACAACAACAACGACUGGCAGAUGUCGGACCACAACGUGAUAGAACACGAAACACCUGAGUCCUUACUGAGAAGCGCCCUGCAGGGCAAAGGGUAUACAAAGGGAGCGCCUGUGCAAUUACAGAACGGGAUCACCGUGAUACCUGCCGGUCAAAUCAAAGAGGAAGAACUGCGAAGAGUGCUAUACCCGGGGGAGACCGAUUCCCUAGCGUACGCCGAUUCGACGCUGGCGAAUCCACUCUUCGAAGACCCGGAUCUUCACUCGCCAGGAUCGAAUAACCCCCAGCACCAACAGCAUCCGGCCGGGGUUGUGGGUGAUCUCGGUUCCGGUGUUGUGGUAGACGACAUGUUCCUCACUCUCGACGCCGCCUUCAACGAGGACUACGAAAAGCUGAAACGAAUCGCCACCGAAGUCCAGCAGUUCUGUACAGACAACAACAACUACACCGAAAUCAUUGUAGAAACAGCUGCCAUCAAUCAACACCAGAAUCCUAGCCUUAUAAAUAGCAAUAAUGGAAACAAUAGCCUAGUGAUAUCGAACGCGAGUCACGCAAUUUCGACGACCACCUCGUCGGACGUGGUGACGACCACAUCCACUCCUAAACCGAAAGCCCCGCGAGCCUCCAAGAAGUACAAGCGAUCUCUCAACAGCAGCUCGAACACUGCCACUGCCAACAGCAGCAGUAUAGCUAACAAUAACAACAACAGCAGUAUGAGCAAUCUCAACGCACCCACGCCUGCAUCGAUUCUGGGCGCCACCAAUCACAGCACCAACAGCAAUACCAGCAGCAGCAAUCCAAGUCCUACGCACUGUAAUGGUCAGCGGAAGGAGCGCUCGCUACAUUACUGCUCGAUCUGCUCGAAAGGAUUCAAGGACAAAUACUCGGUGAACGUCCACAUCCGGACGCACACCGGAGAGAAACCUUUUGCCUGCUCCCUCUGCGGCAAGAGCUUCCGCCAGAAGGCUCACCUGGCGAAGCACUACCAAACGCAUAUGGCACAGAAGAACCCCACCGGAAGUGUCAAAUCCAGCAAACAAAGUCGGGCAUCGGCUGAACAGGCAGCCUCCGCCGUUCUCGCUGUCCAGCAGCAACCUCCUCCUCCGCCGCCCCCAUCGCUAACACCUCAUACUGCCCAACCGCAACAAGGUGGCGCCACUGCUGCAGCUGCCGCAGCCGCUGCCUCUAUCCUACUAAGCACUGCCACCAUCGUUGCCAGCCGGUAAUCCGCACGGUCGGCACGAGUAGUCGCGUAGAUUUAAUGCGACCCAGUUUUUGGCCGUUCAGUCCUUGAUAGGUUUUAAGUAAUGUGGACCCCGCUCAGAAGUGUGACCCCUCGUUUUUGUGUUCGAUUACGCGCCUAAAGCCACUAAGAGGUUAAAUUGAGAAACAAACACUGCCGAUAGUUGCCAAUAAAUAACAAGUGAAAGACAAGAGAUAGGUUAUGAGACGAGUUGUGCUUCGAAAGAUGACUGAUUGCGUAGAACAGCGGUACUUAACCUUUUAUUCAGAAGGGUCACAAACACGUGUUUGUCAUGGUGUCGCGGACCGCAAAAAAAGUUAUAAAAGAAGGAUACGACCGAAUUGUUAACGUAGGACUACAAAUGCUUUCAUUGAGUGAGGGACUCGAACGCUUCAUGAAGCAAUAAAACCCCAAAUUGAACAGAUUUUAAAAUUAACUCUCAUAAUUCACAUGUACUGGUGAUUGCUCUGUCUAGAGCGGCACUGAAACCUUGAACUUGUUGAAUAUCUGUGUAAUUCUCAGUAUCUCAUAGCAAAUUUAGGGGAACUGGGGGUAAACCCGGCCCCAUAAGAAAAAGUAUUGUUUUGUGAAUCACAAAAUCACAGAGUGCUUUUAAACGACAAUUUUGCAAGUAUUAGUCCAUUUUCAAAGCUGAGAUACAACAGAGUUCUCCAACCAGUGCGGGUGAAACGGGCACCCUAUAGAGAUAACACCGGCACCCUCAAUUUGUCAAUAAAUAUACUUGACACCAGCUGAACCAGUUUGAAUGUGGCAACCGCCAAAUGGGAGGUAUUCUAAAUCUAGAUAUCACUAUCGAAUAUGGUUCGAAUCGCUCAACUUAUUCCGGAGAUAAGGUCGGGACAUGCUCCGGUGAACAAGGAAUAUGGAAAAGAAAGGAAUUGGAUAUUUGGCAAAUCUAUCAUGCGGCCCUUCAAAACACACCACAAUUCAAUUACUAGUUCGAUGGAAUCUAAGUCCUAGUUACCACCUUUCACAAAGCGUGAUCCUGUAAUGUAGACCUGGGGAUUCCAUAGUCUUGGAAGCACGUUUGACAGAAACUUCACCAACGGUAGCCUCUUUUGCAAGGGUGAGGUCCUCCUGGCACAAUUCGAUUUCCGUAGGAGCUGCGAGGCAUCUAAAAUAGAUGGAAAAUAUGUCCCAAUAACCGUCAACUAACUGGAAAUCAUGCCGGACUCAAAGGGUGACGGUCUUACCCCAACUGAAUACAUUUUUUAAGGAGACUAUUUCUAUUAAUUUAUUUCUUUAACUUAACUCAACUUGAAUCCUAGUGAUAGUUAACAAUCCACGAGCCAAACUGAACAACGAAAAAGGAUUUGAAACCUUGUUGAAGAAUAAAUGCUUAAAUUCCACUACCGAAAAAUUACAUCCGGUUGCACAUCAUCGGCACUUAUUAUUUCAACAAUUGACGAAUCGCGGUGGGUUUGAUUCGAUUUAAAACGUCAGAAAAUAAUAAAUACUAACAUGUACAGUGUUCAAAAACAUAGUUAAUUAGAGUUUUCCAGUAAAACUCAAGGGGUGCCGGACUUAUCCCCAGUGACGGCUUUACCCACAGUUCCUCUACAUUUUGAAUGCUCCAAAAAAAAAACCGAAUCGGAUGAGUGGCCUUUAGUUUUCCACUGAAGAAUGCAGCUCUAACCGCUGAAAUAUAUCUUAUUCACACUCGGCUUGAAAAACGCUGCCCUUUGCUCGAAUACACGAAAAUUAAUUGAUCGAUCGGAAAAGUCACCAACAAAUAGUUCACGAUUCAUCAGUCAUCCUGCUAGUGUCCAGAUGCUAGCUGUCACGAGGGUUUCCAACUGACCUUUCUCAAUGCCGAGUGUUUAAUUUAGUUUUCCAAAAUGACCUAUUUGAGGCUAGAAGUGAUUGAACUGAGAAAGUCUGAGAGUUUGAGCAUUUUUAUAACUCUUCUCUAAUUUAAAACAUCAUCAUCGACAUACCAAUAAAUCCGAACACGCUCCUAAAUUCACAGAAUUUAGAAAAAAUUCACACAAUUCACACUCUUCCUGCAAAAAAUUAUAAAAAUCAAUUCACUUUUGAAGUAAUUGUUGACUGCUUCGGAUAUUAUUUCAGAAUACAAACUUUCCGUAGCCGAAUGUUCCGGUGGGUCUAUUGUUAUCUAUGAACUACAAUAUCAACAACUCAUAAGUGUGAUUCAAUAAUAUACAACCAAUAUCCACAUAACAGUAUGAAAACCGACGCGAUAGGUUUUAUUCAAUAUUUCUCUUUUGUUAUACUUCUGCCCGUCAGUGGAAGCUCUACACUAAGCUUACUUCGUGCAUAUUCUGAGGUGAAAACCUAAUAGACGCAUUUCAUACCAACUUGACUGGCCGUUGGCAGCACCAUUUCAAAUAGCAGUGAAACGUUGUGGGUGUAAACACAUGGAUCUUCGAUGCAACUUUGCAUACUUGAAAUAUUUAAAAAAGAAUUGGACUACUUUUUGAAAAGGGUCCAAACAAUUUUUUUGAUUUUUUACAAAUAAUUCUAAUUAAAAAACUAUAAUACCUACAAAAUUCUGAUCAAAGAUUGUAUUGUAGGAAAUUGUUUAAAUUUUCAUAAAAAAAAACAAUUUUUUUCUGAAACAACAAAUUUACUGGAAAAAAAAUUUUAAAAAUUAAAAUUCAUUUCCCCCAAAACGUAUUUAUUUUUAAUUCUCAAAAAAUAUAUGAAUAGCCCUUAAAAUUCACAACAGGUCAUUCAUACAUCGGAAGAUGUACACUUUUGCAGGAAAAAAGUUUUUUUAACAACAACUUUUUCCUGUUUUCUUCGAAAAAAUUACAACCAAUCUUAAUUUUAUUUGAAGUCAAGAUAGCGAUAUGAAAUAUUCGACAAAGUUUUAGAUCUUAUUAAAAAAUGAACUUCUGUCGAGGACGUUGACUUUUUAUAUUGUAUAGUUUUUGGGAUAUUUUUAUGAAGACUCCUGAAAAAUUAAUGUUUUACUCGUAAAAUUUUUGUGUGUACAUUCUCGCGUUUGACAUAUUCUAGAAGUUAGCAGAGCAUGUAAAUCGCGAUAAUUUCUACAUGAAAAUGUUGCAAAUUGAACAUUAUUAGUAAUUUUUCAAAGAAAAACAAAAAAAAAAUCAAAAAAACUUUUUCCAUGUACAAGUGCCCAUUUUUCGAAUUUGUUGACUUGUUGGAUAU